AUGAUUCUAAUGGAGCCAGAGCCCAUCACUAACCCGCCCCAGCACAAAACCAUCACUAACUCGACCCUACACAAGCCCACCACUUACUCACCCCUACACAAGCCCAUCACUUACCCGCCCCUACACAAACCCAUCUCUAACUCGACCCUAUGCAAGCCCACCACUUACUCACCCCUACACAAGCCCAUCACUUACCCGCCCCUACACAAACCCAUCUCUAACUCGACCCUACGCAAGCCCACCACUUACUCACCCCUACACAAGCCCAUCACUUACUCACCCCUACACGAGUCCACCACUUACCCACCCCUGCACAAACCCAUCACUAACCCACCCCAACACAAGCCCAUCACUUACCCGCCCCUACACAAACACAUCACUAACCUGCUCCUACACAAGCCCACCACUUACUCACCCCUACACAAGCCCAUCACUUACCCGCCCCUACACAAACCCAUCACUAACCUGCUCCUACACAAGCCCACCACUUACUCACCCCUACACAAGCCCAUCACUUACCCGCCCCUACACAAACCCAUCACUAACCUGCUCCUACACAAGCCCACCACUUACUCACCCCUACACAAGCCCAUCACUAACCCACCCCUACACAAACCCAUCACUAACUCGACCCUACGCAAGCCCACCACUUACUCACCCCUACGCAAGCCCAUCACUUACUCACCCCUACGCAAGCCCACCACUUACUCACCCCUACACAAGCCCAUCACUUACCCGCCCCUACACAAACCCUUCACUAACCCGCUCCUACACAAACCCAUCACUAACCUGCUCCUACACAAGCUCACCACUUACUCACCCCUACACAAGCCCAUCACUAACCCACCCCUACACAAACCCAUCACUACCUCGACCCUACGCAAGCCCACCACUUACUCACCCCUACGCAAGCCCAUCACUUACUCACCCCUACGCAAGCCCACCACUUACUCACCCCUACGCAAGCCCAUCACUUACCCGCCCCUACACAAACCCUUCACUAACCCGCUCCUACACAAACCCAUCACUAACCCGCCCCAGCACAAACCCAUCACUAACCCACCCCUACAUAAGCCCACCACUUACCCACCCCUACACAAGCCCACCACUUACCGACCCCUACACAAGCCCAUCACUAACUCAACCCUACACAAGCCCACCACUUACCCACCCCUACACAAGCCCACCACUUGCCCACCCCUACACAAACCCAUCACUAACCCACCCCUACGCAAGCCCAUCACUAACUCAACCCUACACAAGCCCACCACUUACCCACUCCUACACAAGCCCAACACUUACCCACCCCUACACAAGCCCAUCACUAACCCACCCCUACACAAGCCCACCACUUACCCACCCCUACACAAGCCCACCACUUACCCACACCUACACAAGCCCAACACUUACCCAACCCUACACAAGCCCACCACUUACCCACCCCUGCACAAGCCCAUCACUUACCCACCCCUACACAAGCCCAUCACUAACCCACCCCAACACAAGCCCAUCACUAACCCACCCCUACACAAGCCCAUCACUUACCCACCCCUACACAAGCCCACCACUUACCAACCCCUACACAAGCCCAACACUUACCCACCCCUACACAAGCCCAUCACUUACCCACCCCUACACAAGCCCACCACUAACUCAACCCUACACAAGCCCACCACUUACCCACCCCUACACAAGCCCAUCACUUACCCACCCCUACACAAGCCCAUCACUUACCCACCCCUACACAAGCCCACCACUAACUCAACCCUACACAAGCCCACCACUUACCCACCCCUACACAAGCCCAUCACUUACCCACCCCUACACAAGCUCACCACUAGUCUAACGCACGCCAUAUCUAAGACCACCUGA